UCACAUGUGGAUUUACAUGACCGGGAAGUGAUAUAUUGAGUCUCACCCAUAAUAUUUGUAGCUUACAUGGGUCGUUUGUAUAAACAAAACGGAUCAUUAUAGCGUUUUUGGGGGGAAUUGUAAGCUAUGUCGCCUCGCGUGCGCGUUACUAACACACCGCAACGCUUUUGCUGUCGUUAUCAGCGCGUGUAACCGCGGCCCGUUUAGCGUGACAGCGCCGUUCGGAGCGCUAAAUAAAGGCAUUUAGUGUCUGAUAGAAACGGAACUGACUGUUUGUGCUGCGAAAAUAUGGCAGAGUUGCAAGUUGAGUCCAGCGCGACUGGCAUCAUCGAGCAGACCGAGCACUGUGAAAUCAGAGGCUCCGUGAGCGCGAGACUCCCCUCGCCUACACUGAUGAUUCCGCCCCGGAGCGGCUCGUCCAGUCCAGGGGUCUCCGGCUCCAGAGCAGUGUUUGGGUUCCCCAUGAAGAGCAACCCCACUUCCCCAUCACCAGAAGCCACAGAGAAGCCUGGAUCUCGGUGGGUUCGGCUCAAUGUCGGGGGAACCUAUUUUGUUACAACGAAACAGACCCUGUGCAGGGAUCCUAAAUCGUUUCUGUAUCGAUUAUGUCAGGAAGAUCCAGAUCUGGAUUCGGAUAAGGAUGAGACAGGAGCAUAUUUGAUUGACAGGGAUCCCACAUAUUUCGGACCCAUCUUGAACUACUUGAGGCAUGGGAAGUUGAUCAUCAACAAGAACCUCGCUGAGGAGGGUGUUCUAGAGGAAGCUGAGUUUUACAACAUCGUGUCACUUGUGAGGCUGGUGAAGGAGAGAAUACGAGACAAUGAAAACAGAACGUCUCAGGGCCCUGUGAAGCAUGUAUAUCGUGUAUUACAAUGUCAAGAGGAGGAGCUCACUCAGAUGGUUUCCACCAUGUCAGACGGAUGGAAGUUUGAACAGCUCAUAAGUAUCGGCUCCUCCUAUAACUAUGGCAACGAGGACCAGGCCGAAUUCCUGUGCGUCGUUUCACGGGAGCUCAACAACUCCACUAAUGGAAUUGUUAUCGAGCCCACAGAGAAGGCUAAGAUCCUUCAGGAGCGGGGGUCCAGGAUGUGAGGAACCUGGUGCCUGAGCCCACACAGAUCUCUCAUCCCUCACCUCCUUUCUCCAGAUCCUCCUCCACCAUACAGCUGACUCCAAGUUCACCUCCACCUCACCCUCCCCUCCUCCCUUGUGCCUUUCCACUGUGGGGGUCUCAGUCCCCCUCCUCCUUUCAGUGCUGCAGCAUUAACCGAUCAGCACCACCACUAACUAUCAUCACUAAUCGACUAAUCAAAAAUGCAUCCGAGGUUAAACCUCAGACCAUCACAUUUGAUGCAAGACCUGCUUAGAGAGAGGAUUACAGGGAAGGAUUUAUCAUUCAUCCUAAUGCUUAUUUAUGCAGACUUCAUCAUCAUCCUCCUCAUAUCCCGGUCAUUAUCAUCAUAAUCUUUACAGCUGCUGGCUUGAAAUGUUUUAAGGGGGUUCAGUGGCCCCUGUUGGCUCGGCUGCAUACACAUGACCAUAAUUUCCUCAGGACUUCCAAAUGGCGUGCAAGAUAGCCUCAUUUCUCUGACCGUCAAUACAGCUUCUCAUAACAACCACAUUAACUUACACUGUAAAUCAUUAGCAGGGAAAUGUGUAUCAUUUCAGCAUUCAUUUCCUAUUGCCUGGUCAGACCAAGAGCACAGCAGAUGGCACAACGGAAAAAACGAAGACAGCAGCUUUUGAACAUGCAGCAUUUUGUCUUGAAAGCGGCAUGUUUCUUUUGUUAAUUACCCAUUUAAUCAUCUGGAAAGGACCAGAGGAGAAGGGAAAACUCAUACUGCCAGUUGUCCGGUCAGAUGCUCCAAAUCGUGUGUCCAUUGCUGUGAAGAUGUCUCACAUUUCCGAUUCGUUCUGGUUGACUUCUGUCAUCCUGGAUUUUUAUUUUAUUUUAUUUUUUUUGCCUUGUCGCUGUGGAUAUUUCAAAACAGGAAAUAAAAAAAAAAUUAAAUAAAAGAAAUAUGUGGUUUUAGGGCAUGUGAGGAAUAUUUAUAUUCAGACCAUAUAUGUAUUACGAAUACAUACGAAUACAUGUAGGCGAAUGCAAGUCAUGUAAUUGUUGAUAUCUGUACCAUAGUGGUCGUUUUUUGUGUUUAUAAAGAUGAGUUUCUCUCUCUGAUUGGGGAAGGUUCUGAAUCGACCCCUAAUGUAUUUUUUUUUUUAAGCCUGGUCACUGAGAUGUGAAAUUGUAUGUUGUGUUUUUCCUUUAAACACUUUGUCGAUGACUGGAAAAAAAAAAAAACAGACAAAAAACAGGAGACUUCUUGUAUAGAGGUAAACAGUCCAGGUGGUUCAGGAGACUGUUGUUGGACAAAGUGCCCACAAGUUUUGAGUCAGGGCAAAACUGCAUUAGUGGCUCUUUGUUGCAUUUUUUGACACUUUUCUGACAUUUUAAACUCAGAACUGACUCUCCCCGUAACAAAUUUUGGCUAUUUAACUGUUUAACUCAUUUUUGUUUAAAGUCUGAUCACGUCAGUGGAAUGUUUUUGAAUGUAUUUUGACACUUUUCUGACAUUUUGAAUUCAGAUCUAACUCUCCCCAUAACAUUUUGGGUAUUUAACUGUUUAACUCAUUUUUAAAUUUACAGUUUAAACUCUGAUUACGUCAGUGGAAUGUGUUUGAAUGUAAAGGGCUCCAUUUAUUAAGGUUUUUCAUUUCAAAAUCGAAUAUAAUUUCCGGCAAAACAUUUUAUGUUUGCUUCAUUAAAAAAUAUUGAAGCUUUAUCUUUGAAACCGCUGGCCCUCAUUGUUUAACCCAAUCCAGCAGCACAUAAACUUGAUCUCCUGUUUUCUCUUUUUAUAAUUACAUUGUGGUUUCUCUGAAUCUGCUGUGAUUACACAAGUUCUCAGUAUUUGAAAGGUAUCCAGGCUGUAUUUUGGUUGUUCGGUUCUUCAUAUCUAUUGAUAAAAUAUUGUUGAAUCUAGGGGUCAGUCUAAGACUUUAGGUGACGUUUUUAUGGUCAGCAGUGUUUUAAAGUGUUGUCUCUUCUCUAAAUACAUUUAAGGAUUUUUACCUCUUUAUCGCACUAAACUCAUGUCUUUGGUUUAUCAUAUCAAGAAGGCGAAGUACUUGAGUUUGUGAGAUACUUUGUGGUUGUUGGCUUUCCCUUUCUUCUGUUGUGUUAAUGUUUUCCCCCUCCUGGAGAGAGUUUAUUUGUUCAGCCCCAGUUAUUAGUAACGGGACCUCGGCUCUCUCACAGGAUCCUAUUGUAAAUUCCCAUUGUUCAAAUAGGUUUCAGGUCUGAUUUUGAAGAAGAAUCCUGGAUUCAAAACUAGGUGGUGGUUAAAGUCUUUCUGUGUCCCAAUUGUUUGUCUAGUGUUGUGCCUUUAACCUGUCGUGUUCUUCAUGUCUUCACUCCUAGAUUACUGUUCUUUAAAUACAGAUGGUUGAGAAAUGGUGUUUAUUUUAUGUUUGUUUUGACUAAAUCAGUUCUGUUCCUUGACUCAGAUACUGGCUGUACCCGUUUCCCCUGAGUUUGUUAUGGUUCUUGUUUCAGUGGUUCAUCUGUAUUUAGCUUUUCCUCUCCUGACCCUAUGCACUUUUCAUUUUGCACCUACCUGCAUUAUAAUGUUCUCACUGCGUGGAUUUUGUUUUUAGAUUUUGUUCUAUUUUUAGAGUCGAAACCCCAUGUUAGGCAGACGAAAAUGUCAUGGACAGUCUCAAGAUUUAUUAGAGACAGUACAGGAAACUGAUAUGGAUGUCACAUUGACUGCUGAUGCUUUAAGCACUUGAGAUUGUGAAACUUCUGUGUGUCUUCUUUUCCUUAGAAAUCUACGAUUUUUCUUUAGGUCUUGUACCCCGUGUUGUUUAAGAUCAAACAAAAAUAUAUAUAAAUAAAGAUAUUUUCUUUGUAAAAAAAAAAAGAUAAAUGCUAUUCUGAAAAACAGAAGGUUGGUGUUUUGGAAUGCCAACUUGGAAGCAUGCGAUGUGUUGAGUAUAUAAUGUUAUAUGCUGGGAUGUUGUCAUAUUGUGACGGUGAAUUGGUGCAUGGACAGUUGACAGAUGGUAUUAAUAAUAUUUGAGAAGUGGAAAUUAAAAGAAAAAUAUGGCCCUAUUUUAACUGUUCUGUACAGAAAUCGAUCAAAUCAAACUGAGUAGUACUGGAAAACCUUGCUUGCUAAGGCUAAAUAUGCUUAUGCAACACCCCAUGUAUCUGAUAAAAAUAUAGCUUUCAACCAAUGUUUUCGAGCUGGCCAAAAGUGCAGACGUCUGUCAUAACUUCUUCAGAUAAAAGUUAAAAACAAGGUCCAUGUUUAACAUAAGAGUUGUUUUUUUUUCCCUGCCAUAAUAGCCUACAACACCUGCAUGCUUUAAUAUACAGUACACAUGCAUUUUAACGUGCUAAAAACCUGCUCUUUCAUCAGAUGUUUUGGGUGUAUUGCAUUGUCAACAGUAUUAAUGUAAAGUGUCAAAUAUGUCACUAGGCUAUGGAGAUUGUGGAGCUAAGUGUUCUGGAAAUGAAUAGUCCUGAUCAGACUGUCCUUUUAAAAAAAAAAAAAAAAUUUGUUUUUUUUUAAUUGUCUUCUGAUGCAGUUUCUUGCAAUGUACAGACUGCAAAAUGAUAUUGUAUGAUUUUUAUCAUAAAAUGUGUUCGUGUUUCA